AUGAAGAUGAGACUGCACAUCUGCAACAUGCAGUUGCUGCUUCUUGUUUUCUUGGUGUGGGACCCAGCCAGGUUGGUGCUGGCUAACAUCCAAGAAGAUGAGGCUAAAAAUAACAUUACCAUCUUUACAAGAAUUCUAGACAGACUUCUGGAUGGUUACGAUAAUCGGCUUAGACCAGGACUGGGAGACAGUAUUACUGAAGUCUUCACUAACAUCUAUGUGACCAGUUUUGGCCCCGUCUCAGAUACAGAUAUGGAAUAUACAAUAGAUGUUUUCUUUCGACAAAAAUGGAAAGAUGAACGGUUAAAAUUUAAAGGUCCUAUGAACAUCCUUCGACUUAACAAUUUAAUGGCCAGCAAAAUCUGGACGCCAGAUACCUUCUUCCACAACGGGAAAAAGUCAGUAGCACAUAAUAUGACAAUGCCAAACAAGCUUCUUCGAAUCCAGGAUGAUGGGACUCUGCUAUACACAAUGAGGCUUACGGUUCAAGCUGAGUGUCCAAUGCACUUGGAGGAUUUUCCAAUGGAUGCCCACUCAUGUCCUCUGAAAUUUGGCAGCUAUGCGUAUACAACCUCGGAGGUCACUUACAUUUGGACAUACAAUGCAUCUGAUUCUGUACAAGUUGCUCCUGAUGGCUCUAGGUUAAAUCAGUAUGAUCUGCUGGGCCAAUCAAUUGGGAAGGAGACAAUUAAAUCCAGUACAGGUGAAUAUACCGUAAUGACAGCUCAUUUCCACUUGAAAAGAAAAAUUGGGUAUUUUGUGAUUCAGACAUAUCUGCCUUGCAUCAUGACUGUCAUUCUCUCCCAAGUGUCAUUCUGGCUUAAUAGAGAAUCUGUGCCUGCAAGAACUGUGUUUGGAGUAACAACUGUUCUAACAAUGACAACUCUAAGCAUCAGUGCUCGGAAUUCUCUCCCCAAAGUGGCUUAUGCAACUGCCAUGGACUGGUUUAUUGCUGUUUGUUAUGCAUUUGUGUUCUCUGCCCUAAUUGAAUUUGCAACUGUUAAUUACUUCACCAAAAGAGGAUGGGCUUGGGAUGGAAAGAGUGUAGUAAAUGACAAGUCCCCUUCAAUAAAAGCUGAAGGCAUUACAUUAAUAUACAACUCAGUGAAGGCAAUUCUUCAAGGAGCUAAGCUAAUAUGGUCCAAGUAUAUAGCUUUCUCAUGGCCCAGUUUAAUCCAAGGAAAGACUUUAGAGUACUUAGAGAAGUGGAUGGACUGUAUAACCUUCAAACAAUCUUCUAAAAAAGAAAAAGCCUCUGUCAUGAUACAGAACAAUGCUUAUGCAGUGGCAGUUGCCAAUUAUGCCCCGAAUCUUUCAAAAGACCCAGUUCUCUCCACCAUCUCCAAGAGUGCAACCACGCCAGAACCCAACAAGAAGCCGGAAAACAAGCCAGCUGAAGCCAAGAAAACCUUCAACAGUGUUAGCAAAAUUGACAGAAUGUCUAGAAUAGUUUUCCCAGUUUUGUUUGGUACAUUUAAUUUAGUUUACUGGGCUACAUACUUAAACAGAGAACCCGUAUUAGGGGUCAGUCCUUGA